GAGCAGCAUCUCCGGUCAGAGUGAGGAGCAGCCUCAGUGUAAGAGGAGCAGGGAGUCUGGAGGAGCUGGAGCAGGAGUAGGAGCAGGCAGCACAGUUCAGCGGCUCCUCCCGCGUUCGUCCCACACUCAGCUAGUGCUGCUCCCCGGCAGAGGAGGUGAUGAUGGCGGCGGCUGUAGAGAGAGGAGGCGUCCGGGCCGCUUUCCUGAACCCGAGCAGCGGCGGCGGCGGAGGACCAGCACCGACUACCCUCCCGACCGGAGGGUUGGCCGGGGCUGUGGUGCUGGGCUCCGGCAGCAUGCCCGUGCCCAUGAACCUGUUUGCGACCUGGGAGAUAGACCGAUCAUCCCCAAGCUGCGUGCCGAGACUCUGCAGCCUCACUCUGAAGAAGCUGGUCGUCCUCAAAGAACUGGAUAAAGAGCUCAACUCUUUGAGUAUCGCUGUCAAAAUACAGGGCUCCAAACGUCUCCUGAGAUCAAAUGAGUACGUGCUCCCUCCCAGUGGACUGAUGGAGACGGACCUGGAGCUCACAUUCUCACUACAGUAUCCACACUUUCUAAAGAGGGAUUCCAACAGGCUGCAGAUCAUGUUGCAGAGGAGGAAACGCUACAAGAACCGAACCAUCCUGGGCUACAAGACGUUGGCUGUGGGCAUCAUCAACAUGGCCGAGGUGAUGCAACACCCGACAGACGGAGGACAGAUCCUGGGUCUCCAUAGCAACGUGAAGGAGGCCCCGGUGCGUGUGGCUGAGAUCAGCGUGUACUCUCUGUCGAGCCAGCCCAUCGACCACGAGGAUGGCAGUGGGCAGGCCGGACGCAAGACCAAAACCUCAGAUCGCUCCCCAGACAUGGACAACUACUCCGAGGAGGACGACGACAGCUACUCGUCGGAGCAGGAAGCCAGUGAUGACGCAGUCCAUGGACAGGAUCUUUACGACGAAGACGACGAGGUGAGGAAGCCGAAGAAACCCCGGAGGAAAAUGAUCCGAACCACCUCCAUGACCAGGCAACCGAACUUUAAGCAGAAGUUUGUGGCCUUACUGAAGAGGUUCAAGGUCACAGAUGAGGUCCUGGACUCUGACCCCGUGGACCAGACGCAGGAGGUGGAGGAGGAUCUGGACUUACUCUACGACAGCCUGGAGGUUUACAACCAGAGCGACAGCGGCCCGGAGAUGGAGGACAACGAGAGCGUCCUGAGCACGCCCAAACCCAAACUCAAGCCGUUUUUCGAGGGGAUGUCUCACUCCAGCUCGCAGACGGAAAUUGGAAGCAUACACAGCCAGAAGAGCGCGCAGAGAGAGCUGUCAUGUCCUAGUGGCGAGUUCCUGACCGUGGAAAGAUGUAAAAUACAAGGAGCCCGGUAUCAAGACGACAUCGUGGCAGACACCACAGUUGGGGAGCCGGAGACUGACGACAGCGGGCCGGGACCGGGGGAGGUGAGCAGCUGGGACGUCAACACUGAGCGGAUGACCAGCACUGUUGGCAAGCUCUGCAAGACAGAGUCCCAGAACCACAUGUCUCCCAGUAAAGUGGAGAACAGGCUGCAGAGGCGUCCUCGCAGCACCUCCAUGAAAGACAGACAGAACUCGAAGGCUCAGAGUGACAGGACCAGCAGCAUGGAGAGCGAGUGCUCCCCUGACUCCCGGCUCAUCGCUCAGGUCCCCAGGAAGUCUGUGUACGACCAGCUGAACCAGAUCCUCAUCUCUGACGAACGCCUCCCAGAGAGCAUCAUCCUCAUCAACACCAUGGAGUGGCAAGGACAGUACGUUGCCGAGUUGCUCCAUGAACAGGCCCAGCCCAUUGUGUCCACCUGCUCUGCUGCCGAUGUUCAGGCUGCCUUCAACACCAUCGUGACUCGAAUCCAGAGAUUCUGUAACUGCAACGCACAGACACCGCCGACGAUGAAGGUGGCAGUGGCAGGUGACCAGAGUUACCUCAGCACCAUCCUGAGGUUCUUUGUGGAGCAGCUCGCCAACAAGACGCCCGACUGGCUCAGCUACAUUCGCUUCCUGGUGAUACCCAUCGGUUCUCAUCCUCUGGCAAAGUACGUGGCCUCGUUCGACAGCCGGUUCAACAACAUCUUCAUGGACACGGCAUGGAGGGAGCUGUUCUGCAGGACGGAGCGGCCCGCCUCAGAUAACAUCGACGUAGCAGGACGGGUGGUGCAGUAUCUGGCCGGUGCCAACGUGUCCCACCAGUUCCCCAUCUCGGAAGCCAUGCUCACCUACAAACAGAAGAGGAAAAGGAGUUUGUAUUUUGAUUUUUACAUCAGCCCCGACGAGGACUCCUGUCAGAAGUUUGUGCCGUUUAUCGGGGUCGUGAAAGUUGGGAUUGUGGAGCAGAGCCUCUCGACUUCAGUUGACUCAGACGAUGCAAUGGGAGGCAACACGAGCAUCUUGUCCUCCCCGACGCCCCCAUCGGCUGGUCCGUAUGGGAAGGAGAUCGGUGGCACGCCCCCGCAGUCUCCCUCCGUGUCCACGGCCCUCUCAGGAGCUGGCUCUCCGUGUUCGGGCAGCGAGGUGAUGGGGCUGCAGGUGGACUACUGGACGUGGCAGGGUCCAGAGAAGAAGAAGGAGGGCGAGAAGAGGGACGUGGGGCUGAAGAACACCCUGAAGAGUAACUUCAGGUCUCUGCAGGUCAGCCGCCUGCCCUGUGGAGGGGAGCUCACCCCCCCACCCAGCAUGGCCAUGACCGUGGUCACCAAGGAGAAGAACAAGAAAGUGAUCUUCCUGAGUAAGAAGCCGAAGGAGAAAGAGCUGGACUCUAAGAGCCAAGUGAUCGAUGGAAUCAGCAGGUUGAUCUGCACCGCCAAACACCAGCACACCAUGCUGAGAGUCACCAUCGAUGGAGUCGAGUGGAACGACGUGAAAUUUUUCCAGCUCGCUGCCCAGUGGCCGACACACGUCAAGCACUUCCCGGUGGGAAUCUUUGGUUACACCAAACCCGUGUGACCCCGGCUGACCCCCCCGCUCGCCACCCGCCCUCACGACUCUCCGCUGCACUUGUCUCACCGAGAGGCUCCAGAGAAUGAGAAGAGACGCCGACGGGCCCGGCAGUACUAGUUUUCCUGUGGAAAUCUUACUGACUCUCAGCGGCGUGUUCAUAAAGGAUGUUGGUGUUGUCAACUCGA